UGCUGUUCUCGGCUGGUGCACGCAGGCGCAGAGCGUGCAGCAGCCACUAGCUGUGUUCGCAUUCUGAGUUCGAGGGGAGAGAACUACCGGUGAGGCUCAAAUUUAUUAAACCAACAGCAGCAGCAGUAGCAAGCCGCCGCAGCAGCAAUGUCGGGCAGGUCGGUUCGAGCUGAGACCAGGAGCAGGGCGAAAGAUGACAUCAAAAGAGUUAUGGCUGCCAUAGAAAAAGUACGAAAAUGGGAGAAAAAGUGGGUAACUGUUGGUGAUACGUCCCUCAGGAUCUAUAAGUGGGUACCAGUAGCGGAACCAAAGUCUGCCGAAGAUAAAAGUAAGAACAAAAAGAAAAGCAAAGAAGAAAAGUGUGGUUCUGAAGUGACAACUCCAGAAAAUAGUUCUUCCCCAGGGAUGAUGGAUAUGCACGAUGAUAACAGCAAUCAGAGCUCCAUAGCAGAUAGUUCACCUGUAAAACAAGAAACCAGUAGCACUCCAAGCCCAGCACCGGAGCAAAAUUCUGCUGCACAAGAAGGCACUGAACCCAAGUCAGAAGAAGUCCAUCCUGUUGCAAAAGAAACGCCCUGUUCUGAAGAUACUCAAGUUAGUCAAAGCUCCCAAUCCUCAUCAGAAAAUAGUGCAAUCAAUUCAGAAAAAGCCGACACACAGCCUUCUUGUGAAGAAGAUGCGGCUGUAGAAACAUCCAGAAACACUCAGGAAUCAGAAGAAGAAGCACCUCCUUCUAAAAAGAUGAAAACAGAGCCCUCUCAGGAGGAAGAGGACAUUUAGGGCAGUUGCUUGCAGUUUUUGUGGUCAGUUGUCAUGUCAGGUUCAUGAACAGGCCUCUUUAUGGAACAACAUUAUUCAAAGCAACUCCUGUUGGAAAAUGACUAAAAUCUUUUAAAAAAAUCCUUGCAUAUUCAAGCUGACAUAAAUCAGCAGAAAGUGGAACUUCAAAGACACUGAGGAACAUUUCCUGUGAAAUACAGACAUUUCUUUGUUACGCUCUUAAAAUGGUUGGAUGAAAACAAAACUCAGGAGGGUUUACGCACUGUUUUAAUUGUCAAAAUUACCUUUGUGUUUUUGCUGCUGUAUUUUUUUUCCUUUCUAUAUUCAUUGGUGUAAUAUUUAAAGAUGGUGCAGGUCAGAUAGUUACUUUUCACGUGAAAUUCAUUGCUCACAACAUAGUGUCCGCUUCAUUUGUGCCUUGUGUUUUUGAAAGCAGGACUGACAUUUUAGGGUUCGUUUGCAGUUGUCGUUUUUGCAAUUACCCUAUUUAUAAAAUGCCUUGUAGCAGAUUUACCCUUGUGUGAAUAUUUUAAAUAAUUUAGCAAAAAUAGAUGCUAUGAACGGUAAAGCCAUUUUCACAUUUUCUAAAAAAAAAAAAAAAAAAAGAGGGCAAAAUAAGAUGGAGAGCUAGAAAUAUCCAUGCAGUUACCAUGGUGCUUUAUGCCCCUUAUGAAAUUUAUUAGUAUUUCAUAUUCAAUGUUUUUGUAUAUUUUGCACAUGAGUUCUCUUAAAAGAAGCAGUAAGAUAAAAAAAUCAAGUAAAGAUAAUAAAAUGAACACAUAUGUAUGGAUACUAUUUAAAUCAAAAGUUUAUGGAAUAAAUCUGCCAGCAUGGACAGAUUUGAUCAUGUAUGAGUUUUGCUGGGAAUGUGUCAUAAACACAAAAUCGAUCACUUGUAGUCUAGAACUCAUGGACUAGACCACAUACAUAAUUUAAUAGCAAGGCUUAAAUGCUUACUUAUGGAUUUUCCAAAUAUGGAUUUCCCAGUGUGAAAAUGGCUCAGGUCUUGACUACUGUAUUGGUAACAGUAACUAGUUUGAUGUACUUUGACCUUUUAUUUUUUAAAGGUUGUAGUCCUCCUUUUUUUCAUGUUAAAUCCAUCUGUCAUAUCUGUUUCCCUAAUCUUCACAAAUUUACUCUGAAUUUACACACGGUAUACAUUUCGUUAAGGAAAAAAUGGUAUGGUCACCAUGUAUAGCAAAGGGGGUCUAUGGUUUGAGAGUAUUUUCUUUGUUGUCAGACCAUAACUAAAUAGCCGAAGAACAGAGGUACUUGUUGCAAGUAAACUGCUAUCCAGAUUAACACUAUUGCAGUUUUAGGAGUUGGAUAUGUGUGAACUCUACAAGAUGAUGAAAUGUCAAACCAGACAACCAAAAGUUAUAUUUGCACAGAAUAGGGUCACAUAAAUGUUGAGAUGAAUGUUCUAGAUGUAUGCUGUUUUUCUUUUAUUUACCUGCUUCACUGGCUGAUGUUUUCUCUAUGUAGAUACAUGUGUCUGGACGAUGCACAUGCGUGUUGUACACAUGUCCAUGUCCUGGAAUCAAAGUAGUUUACAUGUUUUAUAAGGAAGAUUCCACUGUCCGUCCUAUAGGGCAUUUUGAAACACAAAUUUCUUCCAUAGACAAUAAUUCAGUAGGAGAGCGAGCCUUCACUUAUUUUAAAUUGCAGAAUUCCAAGGAGACUUUUUUAAAUUAUUUUUGUUUGUUUAAGUUGCUUUGGCUGUAUAGGGAUUUGUCAUACAUUUAAAAAUGCAUAAUGUAAGAUAUUUUUUAUUUUGUGAGGAGUCAUUACUUGUAUCAGUUAGAGCUAUGUGCUGUGGUGGUUUAAUUUAUUGCAGUUUCACAAAACAUUAUGGGCACAUGUAAUUUUAAGUUAUGAAAUGAGAUACUAAUACCAUGUAAAAAAAGUUUGUUCAUGAAUUAAUAUGGUCAGAUGAGAUCAUUCUGAAACGACUGCUAAUAGGAUGAGGGAUGCUUUUAACAGUGAGUUCAUCGUUAACAUAAGGAGCUCAAAGGAUUCUACUUACUCAUAUUUCAUGGCAUUAACUCCAGCAACUUUGUAACAGGGACUGACUCUUUUUUUCUGCAUUAAAAAAGACCCACCUCCUCCACUGUUAUACAGGCAAGGAAAUCUGUGUCCCUAAAAACCACUUAUUUUAGUCUCCAGAUAAGAGGCUUUGGCAUUAUAUGGUUCUAAGGGCGUGAGUUGUUCUGACCUGAAAACAGAGUCCUCGAGACUGUUAUAUACACUAUUUAAAAGUGCCUGCUGUGGAGAAUGGGCCCGCAGAGGAAAAUGACUAUUUCAUUCCUAUUCAGUAGAGGGCGCACUUUACACCCUGUAGACUUGUGUGAUAAAGCAUUCACAUUGGCAAUGGGGCAAGUUUAGACUUUUAUUUUGUAUGACCUGUUGAAAAAAAAAAAAGGAACAUUUACUUCUACUUUUUCUGUAGGUAACAAUAUGCUAUAAAAUGAAUUGUAAAUAUAAAAGAAAUGCUUCCUUGCUACAUGCUAAAUGUUGGAGCCUCUGUUACUUUUUUUCCAUGAAACUCAUUUAAAACCCAGUAACCGUUGCAUUGUGUAAACUGAUAAAGUUGCAUUGUACAUGUAAAGGCCAUUGUGAGAAAGUUUUAGUUCUGAAACACCUAAAUACUUUUUUUUUUGUUAUGGAUUUAUUCCUUGGAAGUUUUGUGAAUGGAAAAUAUAGUCGUUUCACAUUCCAAAAAGUGCAGGCACUUACAAUAACUAGUAUGUCAAUGAGGCAGUAUAAAAUUUUUGUUUGGGGUGGGCAAUGUUUAUUUAGCAUUGUGUUAUACUAUCUUUGAAACUGGCUGCAUACAUGUAGCUUGUUUCAAAGAAGCUGGUGCAAGAUGUAAUGAAUUAGUUUUAAAAAUGGGAUUCUGCCUUCUUUCAGUUUGUGUUGUACAGCAGUAUGAGUUUUUCACUUAUUUAUUCCAUCAAUAGUUAUGGUUUGUACCAUGUACAAUGGUUCUGUUUCAGAAAUAAAAAAAAAACACACACACACAAA